GUCCGGCAGCCAAUGUAUGCCGAUGACCUUCUUGAAGAGUUGCGCUACGCACUAUCCAAAAUUGGAGUCACCGUCCAAAGUGUGUUUUCGGACAUUCGGAUCAUAAGCGGCGAUUGGGAGGGUCGCUACGCCUGGAUCUCAGUGAACUAUCUGGCAAAAAGACUUCGUGAUAAGACUGACCAAACGCCGACGCCGGUAUUGGAGACGGUGGGAGCUCUGGAUUUGGGUGGGGCCAGCACUCAGAUCUCCUUCGCGCUUAAACCGGGGACGGUGGAUGCCAACCUCUCUGAAUACAAAUCUCAGGUCUCCAGUCUGCAGCUGUUUGGGGAGACUUAUCAUCUUUACAGUUCCAGUUUUCUUUGCUAUGGCAGCGAGGCCAGUCGGAUGCGCUACCUUGCAACACUCAUUGAAAACGUCACUGAUCCCCAAUCUGAAAUUAUUUCAAGCCCUUGCCAUCUGAGAGGAUAUGAGUUCAAUCUAACAACCGAAAAGCUUUUCCUCCACUCUUGCGUGGAUUCGCAGCUGGCCAUGAUCACCUUCAAGAGGUCUAUCAAGAAGCCCAAGGGCCUUCCAAAGCGCCUGAAGGUUAUUGGAAGUGGCGACCCCGAAGAAUGUCGACGGCUGGUAUCCUCCCUCUUCGACUUUACUACAUGCGAGUAUUCCUCCUGUUCCUUCAAUGGUGUCUACCAGCCGCCGAUUCGUGGAAAUUUUUAUGCUUUCGCCGCGUUUCAACAUCAGAUGUCCUUCAUUGAGUUCCAGUUCCCGGGAAUAAACUUGACUCGCAGUCAGACGCAGAAGGCUGUUGACGAAUACUGUCGUAUGAACUGGCAGGAGGUGAGAUUACCUUGA